CACGUGAACCUGAUUCACUCAAAGCUGUGAUUGGCCGACACCCGUCCCACCCACGAGCGCCGCGCACGCGCGCCGUGGCGAAACGCAGCGUAUUGACAAAGUUUGUCUGAAAGUAGGUUACUAGACGUUUUUUGGACAUCGUGACAGUGUGGAUAGUGGGGGGAUAUAGAGCCAACAAAAUUGGUGGCCAUGAUGAUCCGCUUUGCCCCACUCAAUGUCCCACUGAGGAGACGCCUUCAAACUGUUGCCGUGCUGCAGUGGAUCUUCUCCUUCCUGGGCCUAGCCCAGUGCUGUCUUGCCGCCUUUGUCCUCCUCUUAUUCUCCACUUGGUGGACGGUGGCCUUGUUCUAUGUUGGUUGGCUGUGGUUGGACCGUGACACUCCCAGUCUUGGGGGUCGGAGGUCCCACUGGGUUAGGAGUUGGAGCAUAUGGGAAUAUUUCAGAGACUACUUUCCCGUAAAGCUAGUGAAAACAGUCGACCUGGACCCAAAGAAGAACUACAUCUUUGGAUUUCAUCCGCACGGCGUGUUGGUCGCCGGAGCGUUCUGUAACUUCUGCACUGAGUCUACAGGUUUCUCCAGUCUUUUUCCCGGACUCAAGUCUCACCUGCUCAUGUUGCCUUUCUGGUUCCGAGUGCCGCUGUUCAGAGAGUACAUCAUGAGCGGAGGUCUGGUAUCAAGUUCAAAGUCCAGUCUUUCCUACCUACUGAGUCGUCCUCAAGGAGGAAAUGUCGCUGUCAUCGCAGUGGGUGGAGCAUCAGAGUCGCUGGAUGCUCGGCCGGGAGCUUUAACACUACAGGUGCAUAACAGAAAGGGCUUCAUCAAAAUGGCACUGAAACAUGGAGCUCAGCUGGUUCCUGUCUUCUCCUUUGGAGAGAACGAGCUCUUCGAUCAGAUUCAGAACCCGACCGGUUCUCCUCUCCGGACACUACAGGACCGGCUGCAAAGCAUUAUGGGAGUUGCGAUGCCUCUGUUCCAUGCUAGAGGAGUUUUCCAGUACAGCUUUGGACUGAUGCCAUACAGGAAACCCAUCCUUACAGUUGUGGGGACACCCAUCAGUGUCCCACCCAGUCCCAAUCCUAGCAGCGAGGACAUCGAGUCUCUUCAUAAAGUUUACUUGGAGCGUCUGAGUGAACUGUUCGAGCAACACAAACACAGCUACGGCCUGCAGGAGCACCAACACCUGACCUUCCUUUGACCUUCUCUAACAAGAUGAAAAGUGGACGAGCAAUACUUCCAAAACUGUAUUAUAAGACCUUUCUGUCCAAUAAAAUGUCAUGUAUGUG